AUAAUGCCGCGUUAGUUCUGUUCUUUUCCAGAAAUUUCCCGUUGGGGAGGAGACCCAAGCGGAGGCUGAGGCGGAGACCCCGCUCUCGACGAUUUUCUCGCCGCCGGCGGAGAACCUGCUCUCGGCGCCGGUGGUUUUUCUUGCUUGUGUGCUUCUCUUCAUCCACUCGUGUCCAUCGUGCCCGUAGCUGAUCUGCUUUUACCUUGCUCUCUUCUAAAAUUUCCAGAUGCCACUUAUUUGCAAACGAAAGAUGCCACGUAGAACAAUUGACAUCUCAUCUGAGGAAUCUGAGGGUAACUCUAUAAAUUCUGAAAGUGACACAUGCACAGGGUCAGAUGAAGAUUAUCACAUUGAUGAGGUUUUGGAAGCACUCAAUAUAUCUGGAUUUGACAAUAUGCUUCAUGAGCUUUACAGUAAGAAGGGUAUAAAAAAGAAGGGAGCGCACAAUGAAACUAAAUUGGAUAAAAUGUUGUAUGCACUUUUCAAGAAGGAUGUCAUUCAAAAGAUGAAAAAGGAAUUAGUGAGUACUUCUAAGAAUGUUCGACACAAGCCUAAGAUCCAUAAAGGAAAAGCCGCCUCGAAGACUGACACAUCAUUCAUAAGAUUUUCUGCUAAAUAUUUUGCAGAAGUUGUGUCUAAACUUCCCGAGGAGAAGAAAAUUGUGAUUAAGAAUUUUGGUUUUCAUUCUUUGCUUUUGUUUGACUCAAGCUUUAUUCCAAAAAAAAUUGCGACUUGGAUUGUGAAAAAAGUGGAUUUAAAGACUUCUGAGAUUGUGUUGGGUGACAAGGUGAUCCCGGUCAACAAAGAAGCUGUCCAUGCUAUUCUUGAUCUUCCAAUUGGUGGUUCAGAAUUUGGGAAAAACUAUGAACAUGGAAGACAAUUCAUUUUAUCCAAAUUUGGAAAAACUGUCAUGCCUUCAGUGAAUUUUUUUGGAGACCAGUUGAUUAAUAAUGAAGAUAUGACCGACGACAGCAUCAUUAUAUCAUUUCUGAUUGUUGCCUUAGCUACUUUUCUCUGUCCUAACUCUUCCACAUGUCCAUCCAUAAAGUAUCUAGAUAUUUUUGAGGAUGUCGAUAUGUUGCAUUCUUUUGAUUGGUCAAGUUUCGUCUAUGACUGGCUGAUGAGCUAUGUUAAGAAAUUUCAGAAGACCAAUAGCUUUGGUGGUUGCUUAUAUAUCUGGGCAAUUUUGUAUCUUGAUCAUCGUGACUUUGGUUCAAAAAAUGUGCCGAAAGAUGUUCCUCGUAUAGCUGUUUGGAAGCAGGAUAUGGUGAAGAUUUACUCUGAUUUAGAUGAAAUUGAUGAUGAGAAUUAUGGACCGAGGCCUCUUAAAGAUUUCUCUGAUACAUGUUACUAUAAGCCUGUACAUGUGCAAAAUUCAGAAUCAUUUCGCAACAAGUUGGAUACAGCUAUAGGAGACAAUUUGCCUGCAAAUUUGAAGGACAGCAUAUCUGAUUUGAUGGAUUCUCAUUUUUCAGCAAAUCAUGCCGCAAAGAACAAUUCUUGCGAAGAUGUCUUGAUUAGUGCUUUACAGAUUUUGAUUGAUGCUAGUGCUAGCCAUUUUGUUCGUGCUGCGUACAAUAAUGCUUCUGCUGAAAAUAGAACUAAUACACCUACUGAAAAUGCUAUUCCAAAAUCUUGUGGGAAAGAUUACCCAUCUUCUGAUAGGAAUGCUGAUAUUGAUAUUGAUGCCAAUCUUGAUCAAGGACACGGGGAACACUUGACUAAUGAUUUAGCAGACAAUAAUGUUAUUGAUGCUCCAAAUAUCGUUCAUAGCGAUGGCAGUUUAAAUUGUUGUUGUGAAGGCCAAGCUUUCUGUACUCCUGGUACUGUGUGUCCUCCAAAUUCUAAAAGUUGUGGCAGUGAAUCAAUUAAAGAACCACCUGCUCUUCUUACAAAAAUUGCGAUGGAGUUUAAGUCCAGGUUAGCUGAAUUUAACAACCGUGACAACAGAGGUCACAUUUAUGAUGAGGAUAAACUUGCAUUUGACAUUUUCCAUGAAUACAAUAUUGGCGAGAAUGUUUGCACACCAGAUACUUUGAAAUCACAUACACAUGGCAAAGAAAAUGAAGCACCUGCAAAUCCUGCCACUUUUGCUGGUCCUGAUUAUAUGACUCCACCACUUGGUACAAGAACCAGAUUGAACAAUAACACUUAUAGAAGACAUGCUAAUCUGAACCCCUCUCAAAUUGGCAUGAAGAGAACAUUCCAAGAUUUAACUAACUCACCAAAUGACAUUUGCAAUACAACUAAGCAGCUGACAAACUCAUCUCAUGCGUCGAUUCCUUGUAUUAACAAUUCUGGACUUAGCUCUUCUGGUGGUAAAGUGCCUCUGUAUGGGCCAAGGAGGAUUAUACAUCCUGCCAAGCACAGAAGUGACCCAUUUGUUUGUCCAAGGCGUCGUUUUGUUGUAUCAGACAAUGCACACAGAUAUUACAAUGCUAUUUGUAGCUUGUCAGAUAGUGAAUAUCAAGACGAGGAUGCUGUUAACAUUGAUAAUGUUCGCAUCUCAUUUUGCAACUUCGGCAAUUCUUUGAAAAAGGGAGGAGAUGUUAAUGGAUUUGUGAUCUCUGCAUUUUGCCAGUCCUUGUUUCACAAAAACCAUCCAUCCAAAUCCAAGAAGAACUACUUUUUUCCUUCCAUUGGUGACAUGCUAAUAUCACAUCUUAACUCUAAAGAGCUAGCAAAAAUUGAGAAAUCCUUCCAAGGAGCAGCAAUGGUAAGAAUAUUGCACAAAUGCGAUUUGCUUUUCUUUCCCAUUUGUUACCUGGAGCAUUGGUUCCUUUUUGUGGUGGAUAUAAAAGACAGGAUGCUUGUAUUUCUUGAUUCUUUGCAUGAAAAGGAUGAUCCAUAUUUUGAUCCAAUCAUGGAUUUGAUGAUAAGCAAUCUACAAAAUGCUUGAGAUGAAGCUGAAGAAAGUGCUAUGGAUUUCAACAGUUUUGAGAUAUUUUUCCCACCUGUUCCUCGCGAAGAAAACAAUGCUGAUUCUGGUAUAUUUGUGAUGAAAUCCAUCGAACUCUGGUCUCCAAGAUCUCUAUUGUGUAAUGAGUUUGACAAAAGUGACAUCGACAUAAUCCGCAUUCAGCUUGCUAAUAAGAUUUUCUUCAACGAAAAAAACAAAAUGCUACAAACUGAGACUGAACAUUUGGUUCAGAGUUGGGCCAGUAAAGGAAAUUUGUCAUGUGCUGGCAAACGUGAUCAAGUUUGAAGAUUCUGGAUUUUUGCUCUGUAGAAUUGAAAUGUAUAGGUUACAAUGUUCUUAGGAGGCUUCCAGUAUUGCCACAUAAUAUUUUCCAUGUUUAGAAAAUAGCAACCAUAUUGAAAUGGUUCAUGCCAAGUACAAUGAUGUCAAACUCAGUACUAAAUAUAUAGAACAUCCACUGUUACAUGA